AGUUCUGGGAGUUGAAGUCCCCACAUCUUGAAAGGUGCCGAGUUUGAAAAAAACUGGUUUCGAUCAUUCCCCCCCCCCCCCUUCUCGUGAAGAACUCUAGUCAGUGCCGGGGUCUCCAACCUUGGCAACUUUUAAGACUUGUGGACUUCAACUCCCAGAAUUCCUCAGCCAGCAAAGCCACACGCGUCUCAUUCUGCUUCCGGGUGUCCUUGAAAUUCAAGUCUCCGAAGCGACUGGUGUGCGACUCACGUGACGGAGUAAAUCCUCGUUUCCGGCGCCGAUUUUCGAACCGGAGCUGCUUGUCUCCCCCUCCGCUGCCACCGUUGAGUUGGUUGUUUGUGCCGUUGCUUUCUGUUUGGAGGUGUGAUGGGUGAGGGUUGUUUCCCCCCCCCCUUCUUCUAUGAGCACUUUUCGAGGAAAGCCUUUCCAAGACUUGCAGCAUAAUCCUAUGGGAGAUAAUGGAAAGGCCCUUAUUAUUGGACAGGUUCCAACACUGGGUGGAUUUGGCCCAAUUUAGGAAUUGUAUGUCCCACAAGUGUCUAUAAAUCCCCAAAUCCAGAUUAUUACAGAAAUGAGUCCCCCUGAGGCAGCAAAGAAGAGGAUUCUCCCAGCAUGGAUGAGCAAGAAGGCAGCUGAACCAGAAGAAUGGGCAAAAAUGAGGUCAAAGAGAAGAAAAAAGACAGCUUUAGCAAGGACUGAGACCAUGUAUUGUAUGAAUGAAGCAGAAUUGGUCGACAUGGCUCUUUGUAUUUUAGCUGAGAAUUGCAAGGCUAUAGAAGGUGAUGUGAUUUCUCAAGAGCAUCAACAGGAAUUGAGAGAGGGCCACCACCCAAGGACUGCUGUCAACAUUGCCAAGGAUCCUCCAGUACCAUCCACACCUCCAGCUGCUUUAAGUAGCAAUGAGGAAACCAAACUGGAGGAAGAUGAUGAUGCCUUAAAAUAUGUCAGGGAGAUUUUCUUUACAUAAUUUUAACAUUUAUAAGCAACAUAGCUUUUUAAAAUUAGAAUUAGAAUUCUUUUUAUUGGCCAAGUGUGAUUGGACAAACAAGGAAUUUGUCAUGGUGCAAAUGCUUUCAGUGUACAUAAAAGAAAAGAUACAUUUGUCAAUCCUGACAGUCCCUUUUGCUGUCGUUAAGUGAGGUCCUCACAACUUAGUUUUCAACAAAGUCACUGGGAAGUCCCAGGUAACUUGCAAACAGGCCAACAGGCUGCUGUGAUGUGAGUAUGGCAGGGUCAAGGUGACUUCUGUUGGAUGGCACAAGGCGCACAGGGGGCCUGGGUGCCAAGGACAGGGUGUUGUGAGCACAUGCUACAAAGUAUGAGAUUUCUGGCAGAAAAAGGCUUCAGGAAUGCAAAUGACUUGUAGGAGUGUUUUACAGCUUUCCUUGCUUUUACCACUUUCCCUGCUGGCUUCCUCAUUGGCUGCUUGUGGGAAGCUGGCAGGGGUGGUUGCAAAUGGUGAUCAUGUGACCCUGGGGUGCUUACAACCAUUGUAAGUGCAAGGUGGCUGCCAAGCACCGGAAAUGUGAUCAUAUGAUUAUGGAGGCAUUGUGGCAGCCAGAACUCUGAAGACCAGUUUUAAGUGCCCCUCUUUUUAGCACCAUCGCAACUUUGAAUACUAGCUGAUCAGUAAAUAAAAGUUCCCUAUAUUUUAAUUUAUGAUUAAACUCUUACAAUGCAAGAAUAAUAUGGUAAUAGGGAAAAAAGCUGCUAAAGUACUCAAGUACCCCAGAGACAUGCAUUUUUGGAUGAGGUUCUAUUAUUUGUCUUCAUUAAGUAGGUAUCUCUUCUCCACUAAUGUUCAGACCAUUUGACAAUUAGCUGGGUUAUGACUAAGAACCAAGAAAUUAUCUCAGUGCAUUUAUUACUCAUAUGGUAGCUUUAAACCACAGAUCUGGGACAUUUGUAUUAAUGUCUGUCAGACGGGGAAAGAUAUAAAAAUGCUAUAUAGAAAUUUUUUUCCUUGACAUGCUGCCAUGGUGGCACAGUGGUAAGAAUGCAGUACUUCAGGCUACUUCUGC